AUGUGCCUUCAUGAAGUGCCAACUCUAUUCUUCUAAAUCAUUAUGUCUGGCCCAUUGCGCAAUCCCAUAGAUUUCCUUUGUCCUUCUCGGGGCGUUUUGGAUGGCGUUUGAAGGAUACCAUGAUCAAAAUGUUCAUCCUGGUGUGUCCAGGUUGAAAUCGUCUAGAUAUUCACUUCGAAUAAUUCACUGCAAAAUACUCAUUAUGGAUUUUUAUCUCGUCAAAAGUGCUAGCUCUAGUAUAUUCAUAUAUUCACUUUUGGAUCACUAGCCUGUACAAGUUCUUUAACCUUAUGUAUAUAAGUCAUGCUCGUUCCAUUCAAAAAGUAAAAGAAAACACAAAGUUUUCUACCAAGGCAAUAAUUACAAAAUGAACUCAGGUUUCGAAAACAUGAAUGAAGCUAUUGAGCAGGCUUUAGUUGUUAUGAUAGUAUUGAUGCUUUGCCUCUUUACAAUCUUAUUUAAUGUUAUCUUUCCUGAUUAUCCUCUACAGGCUCCCCGAGAGGCUCCCACAGAAUAUAGAAGAAGACCUACCAACCAAAAAGAAACAGCGACAAGUGAGCGAAAGCCAUAUCGGAAGUGCAAAGUAUGUUCGGAAUCUCUCAAGGAACAGCCUCUGGAACCCAAUACCCCUGAAAGAACAAUGGCUCAAUGUGAUCACCUCACAGAUAUAUGUUUGUCUUGUCUACGACAGAGUAUGAGUUUCCCCAUGAACGAAGGGAAUCAUAUCCUUAAAUGUCCAAUCUGCUCGCAGGAUUUAGAAACAUGGUUUAUACAAUUAUAUUGCACGAAGAGCAUGUUUACAAAGUAAGACAGCCAGCCAGAUUCCUUUAUAUUUUAAAAAAUCCCUCAAGAUAAUAAUCUCGCUAAUAAAAUCCCUAGAUAUUGUGAGCUGGCUCUCAAAAAUUAUUCUCGAUCACAAUCAAAUUUUAACUGGUGCUUGGCGCCGAAAUGCGGCUCGGGUCAAAUCCACGAGGGAGAUAAUGCGAGAAUGAUCUGUAUAAGCUGCAAGGAGGCAACAUGUGUACAGCACCAAGUUCCCUGGCAUGAAAGUUUAACAUGCGCUGAAUACGACGAUUCGACAAAGAGACAUCGUGGAGAAGAGGAAAAAUCUCGAGAGGAGGUUCGGAAGAUAUCGGUCGCUUGUCCGAGGUGUUCUGCGCCGAUACAGAAAAAGGGCGGUUGUGCGCAUAUUAAAUGUGUGAGUCGUGGUGGUGAGUUAUCAUUCUUGUUUCGUGGGUCUAUUACAAUGUGUAUGCUUGUGCAGUUGUAGUCUAACUUUUUUCGCAGGUUCAGGGAAUGCUAAAUGUGGUUAUGAGUUUUGCUAUUAUUGUUUGGUUCCGUGGCAGUAUGGCAUGCCGGGGCAUAGACGGGACUGUAGAGAAUUUUGGUAGAGAUAUCCAUGAUUAUCGUUUACAGUGGCAUUUGGGCAGUUGGAGUAUAUGGCUACGGAGUUGGUAUUUGUUGGACUGGUUCAUUGAGGCUGUUGCUUGGUGUUUGUUCCUUGGGACUUGCUAGACAUGAAGAACUUCACGGUAUUUUAAUGGAGAAAUCGGGUAUUUGAGGAGCGGAGUGAUAGGAGGGGUGAUAAAUUUGGACUAGGUUUCAGGGCAGAACUAAG